CACACUCCCUCACACACACUCGCCACUGUCUCUGCUCUCUCUCUCUUCCAGAUAGGCAGCACAGACGUGGACAGAGUGUGGCGGUAUAGGAAGAGGAGAGAGCGGGAGGGUCGGUAGUAGAGGCUCAGACAGCAUGGUCUGGGUCUGAGGACGAAGCAGCAGCAGCAGCAGCAGCAGCAGCCUUCACAACUCCAUGUAGACCUGAGUGGUGACAUCCACACAGCACCUGGACCCGUCCGCCCAGCAGCACCACCCAGGACGACACCCGCUUUUUUUGCUUUUUUUUUCCAGAGGAGCAACAGGAGGACGAGGGUUUGUUUGUAUUCUUUGGCGGGUUUUUUUUCUUUUCUUUUCUCAGUUUUUUUUUCUUUUUUUUGUUUGUUUUGGGAGUAGGCUCCGGGCUGGACCGCAUGCAUGACACAACGCAAAGGCGAGAAACCCACCAUCAGCAUCCAGGAGCACAUGGCCAUUGACGUGUGCCCUGGCCCCAUCCAGCCUAUCAAGCAGAUCUCGGACUACUUUCCCCGUUACCCGCGGGGCCUCCCCCCUGCUGCGCCCCACCAGGCGGGCCACAUCGGGCCCCUGCGCUCUGCCCUCUCCACCUCCUCGGCUGCUGCCUCCGCCACCACCGCUGCUGAAAGUGACCGCCCAAAUGAGGAUAACCCAGACCGGGCUUGUGCCGGAGCCGCCGCCUCCUCUCCGGCCGUCAGGAGGGACGAGGAGCCCGAUGUGGAGGGAUACGACUCCGAUGACUCCACUACAUUGGGAACCUUGGAAUUCAGUUUGCAGUACGACCAGGAGAACAAUGCACUGCACUGCACCAUUAACAAAGCCAAGGGCCUCAAGCCGAUGGACCACAAUGGGCUGUCAGAUCCCUAUGUCAAGUUGCACCUACUGCCCGGCGCCAGCAAGGCCAAUAAACUCCGAACCAAGACCCUGCACAACACACUCAACCCUGUCUGGAGCGAGACCCUGACCUACUACGGCAUCACCGACGAGGAUAUGGUCCGCAAGACACUCAGGAUCUCAGUGUGUGAUGAGGACAAAUUCCGCCACAACGAGUUCAUUGGGGAAACACGAAUCCCCCUCAAGAAGCUGAAGCCCAACCAAAUAAAAAACUUCAACAACUGCCUGGAGAAACAGUUACCGGUCAACAAGACUGAAGACAAGUCUCUGGAGGAACGUGGACGCAUCAUGAUUUCUCUGAAGUACAACACCCAGAAGUCUUGCCUGGUAGUGGGGAUCAUACGCUGUGCUCACCUUGCCGCCAUGGACGCCAACGGCUUCUCCGACCCCUACGUCAAAACGUACCUGAAGCCUGACGAGAACAAAAAGUCAAAGCACAAGACGGCCGUGAAGAAGAAGACCCUCAAUCCCGAGUUCAACGAGGAGUUCUGUUACGACAUUAAAUAUGCAGACCUCACCAAGAAGACCUUGGAGGUGACCGUGUGGGACUACGACAUCGGGAAGUCCAACGAUUUCAUAGGUGGUGUUUCUCUGGGCAUCAAUGCAAACGGAGAGAGGCUCAAGCACUGGUUUGACUGCCUCAAAAACAAAGACAAAAAAAUUGAGCGCUGGCACACGUUGACCAAUGAAUUACCCGGUUCACUAAAUGACUGAAGACCCUCUGAAGUCCUGACGCCCAACCUGUUGACCCCAAACCAUCCUCAGCUGCACCGGAAAGGACUGCCUUCUUUUUCCUAACUCGUCCUCCCAGCUCUUCUCUGGAUUUUCCUCAUGUUGGCCACCUGUGACACUCUUUUUGGGAAUACGUUUCCUCUCAACAGGGCUCGGCAAAAAAAAUAUCCAAAUCUUGUGCUCAGCUGCACACUUAAAGUAGGGAUUGCUCAGCUGCGAAUUUCUUUUCAUUUUAGAAUAACAUGAAUGACGGGGAUUGUCGUGUUGAUUUUUAGGCUUUCUGGUGAAGAUUAAAAAAAAAGAGCAAAUCCUGAUCUGUGAUGGGAUCUUUCACAGCAGCUCAGUAAUUCUCACCAAUCCCCGAAACAGCACAAAAAAGAAGCCCUCACAUUGUCAUCCUGGUGGCUAAGAAGCAGAGCAGAACUUCAGGAGGUAAAAUUAUGGAGAAACUAACAAAGGAUGUAGCAAAUAUUUCAUAUUGUACAGAAAAAUGGAGUGGAAUAGUUCUCAUCUUCUCAGAUAAACCUCCCAUAUUCAGCCGGUUUGACGGUAACGUUUAGUAUUGCAGAGGAGCAGCUGAAGACAGAUUAGCCUCGCGUUGGAGGAUGGUGCACUUAAAUAUGAUUGUAAAGCUGUUGGGGAGUGCAGGCCCCGUCAUCAUUCACCCUUUAUGCAACAGAACCAACAGCGAACAGUUUGUUUUUACAGAUCUGGAGCAUUUGCACAUUUAGUUUGAGUCAUUUGGCGAGACGUGGUUUGAGAAGAACCGUCCUUAAAGUACAGUUCAAGUCAAGGCCUGAGUAUGCUUCACACUAACUGGGUUAUAUGUAAGAAAAACAGCUUCAUUGUUUGUUUCAGAUACGUUUGUUGGGUUAUGUUCAAGUGGCCUCUAACUUUGAGGGGUCAGGAUCAUGAAAUCUUAGUUGACAAUUUGCCCUUUUCUGUUGAGUUUUAUACCUUUAUUAGUUUAACUUCAUCAAUUGCAGACUUUUCAUCUAUGAAGUUGUUUAGCAGUUGGCAGACAAGUGGACUCACAAAGUACGUACUGUUUCAUGCAGUAUGGAUACAAUUGGGAUGUGCUACUUUGUUAUAAUAUUAGUUGAUACUCGCGUGACAACAUGGCAUACGUGACGUAACUGUGGUGAAAGGCUAAAAACCCAUGCUGGCUCCACUACCGUUCAAAAGUUUUGGGUCACUCAGAAAUGUCCUAACUAUUGAAAGAAAAGCUAUUUUGUCAUUGAAGACAACAUUAAUCAGAACUACACUCCAGACAUUGUUAAUACUGGAAACAGCUGAUUUUUAAUGGAAUAUCUCCAUAGGGGUACAGAGGAACAUUUCCAGCAACCAUCACUCCUGUGUUCUAAUGCUCCAUUGUGUUAGCUAAUGGUGUUGAAAGGCUAACUGAUGAUUAGAAAACCCUUGUGCAGUUAUGUUAGCACAUGAAUAAAAGUGUGAACUUUUGAACGGUAGUGUAGUAUGAAAAUAUAAGUUCUGUAAUACAUCCACAGUUCUGUCUCUGGGUAUCACAGCUGUAAGUAAUUUAGGCUGUACUGCCACCUUCUUUAAAUACAGACUGUUGUGAUGCUGUUAUAAAAUGGAGGUUUCACCCUGAACAGAGAUCACAGAUCACCUAAGUUUUAUCAGAUCUGAGUCAGAUGUAACAGGACGUGAGUGUUUUUCUGUAACUUUCCGUACAGACUGAAGGCUGCUGGAAGCCGUCCGACUUUCCUGCAGCUUUUCGUCUUCGCCCCCCGCUGCUGCCACCGCCUGCUCUCGUCCGCCUUCCAGACGAGGAGCAAAGGUUCAUCUUGAAUGAGCUUGAUCUCUUCCUUGAGGCAUUUACGGUGGUGUGCACACAAAAGUUUUAGGGGAGUUCACUAAAAAGGAGCACAGUUAACAGCUUUACUUUUCUCACUUCUGCACAGCCGGUCAGAUUCGAAAAGUUGCUGAACUUAUCGCGUAGUGAGGAUACUUCAGACAUUGAUCUACACUUUUAGAAGAAGCAAAACCUACAUCUGAGUCUUUGAGUUAUAGUUUCCAGACAGAUUUGACCUGUUGCAACACUAGACGGAUGUAUUGUCUGACAUAAUGCUCCGUCCCGCUUUAAUUAUGUUCCCUACUUCCCCUCCUUCAGACGAAGAUAGAAAGCCAAACAGCAGACUGUGUUUACAUCCUUUAACUCACUGUGAUAGCUACCAAUGAUCAUGUCAUGCGGAAAGGGUUUGGCUUUGUAAGACGUGACUGACUGACCUAUGAUUUCCGUGGUGGCACACGUCGAACACAGGGUUGCUAUGGUUACUACAUAGGGUCCAAUAACUACUUGCAACCGCAUUAUGAAGCCAACACGACAAGUUUGAAGCAUACUGAGGCCUUGAUGGCCAGAGUUAACGUAGCCAUAAGAUCUGAGAGGAUUUUGAUGCUCACCUGUAAAGCUGACAGGAACUGAAGAAAAAAAAACACACAACAGAAAAAUGAUCUUCUGCUCACUUACAGUAACAAUCCACGACAUUACAAACAGAUUCCUCGUGUGAUCAACGAGAUACUGCAAGGCGUCACAGCACCACCUACUCGGAUAAGUCACUGAUUUUUUCAGUGCAGCCCUGAAUCUACAGAGCUGCCUAGUUUUCUGGUGUUCGGUCCAUUCAGUCGUCUCUUCAGGGUAGCUGGUUUCUCAUAUAGUCACAAAGGCUCUAGAUAGCAAACCCAGUGUGCAUUUUAAUAGAAGUACAGCUGGGAGAUGAAUCAUGGGUGCUGUUUUCAAUCAGCUAGAAGUCUCUCUGUGGCUUCUUAAGAGGGAACGCUUCAAAGGUCAGGGGUUCAAACUCAAAGAACAAGAUGAAAUUUUCUCCCAAAAAAGGUCCGUACAGGGUGAGUCCCGCCGAGUCAAAAUUGAGGCGGAAUCAUGCGACAGCUGCUGCGUUUCUGUGAUUAGUCAAGAUGGUUAUGGACUCUCACGGCGAUUCUGAGGAUGUGUGGGGUCAUUUCAGCACAGAGGCGGAAACGUCCACGGUCGCCGCGCACAGCAAUCACUUCACCGUGUGGGGAAGCAGAGGAGAAAGCGGCUGUAAUCACAGACGGAAAGAAGUUCAGUGGGUGACCUGCCACGAUGGACAAAACCACUCGUCCCACCACAAUGCCACAUGAUUAGGCAGCUCUGUAGUGUGUGUGGCUUCAUUGUUUACAGAAAACUCAGAAUUUCAGCUUGUAACGGGGAUGUACCUGCUGCGUGUCAAAAAGGGCCGAAUUCAAAUUUAAAAAGAAAACAAAGUUUACGUCAACUAUUUAAAAAAAAGGGGUUAAUAACAAAAGCAUGCAUUGUUUACAACAGCCUACUCUUGCUGAAGUUUGCUGCUGAAAAAGGGCAAAAAAAAAACACGCCCUCGCUGAAGUCACUGCGAUUGUUCGGUCGUGCAACGCAAGCUUUGCUAAGACAGGCAGGGAUGAGAAGGGCAGAAUUUUUAGUAUACUAGCAGUGUAUGUAUAUUGUUACGAUGUUGUUGAAUCUUUUUUUGUUUUUAUUUAAAUGUAAGCAGCUCCACUAUUAAUGUAUCAAACAAGAAUGUACAUGUUUAACCCCUUCUAUUUCCACGGUAAAUCCUCUGAGAAUGUGCUCCGUGUUGUUGAUAUCGUUCACAUGUCAAAGCUCUGUAUUUCGAGCACACAAACACACACACACGUCUGGGAAUAGAGACGGUUGAACCCGCGUCAGGCUACCAGGGGCUGCAUCACUCAAGUCAUAUUCUGAGAUGGCUCGAAUUUUACUUUAAAUAAUUUCUGUUUUCCUUUCUUUCUUUUCAAUAAUUUAUGUUAAAGUUUAUUACCCCCGAGUCCCCAGUGCAGUCCUGAAAACUUGAGUUGCCCUCAUGGAUCGGUAGGUUGGGAUGCAUGCCAUGUAUUUGUGAUUUUAUGAGUUUGAUUCCGCGCUAUGACCUUUUUCUGCAUGCCACCCCCCACCGCUCACCCACCUUUCUUGUAAAUUUCCACCGUGCGCUGACUGGUAACGCCACACGCCACCAUCAGGAUUCCUGUCAGGCUCGCAAUUCAGCUAACAGCUUUUUGUCGUCACCUCACCGGGCAUGUUUGUUUCCAGGAGCAUGUGUGGCUGCCCGUUUUGAUAAUUGCAUCACUUGAACCGGCUAAUUAUCGCCGGUGGAUCGUGAAAAACAGCCCUAAUGUCCAUUUGUUCUAUUGUUUAACCUCCUUCACCCGUCGUUUCAUUAUCGACACGGUGUUGCUUGAAUGAUUAGAUUCCUUUUUCGCACCACCUUCCGUUCACUUUUGAAGAAAAUCUGAUUUUGAUAAGUGAUAUCGCACCUCCCAAAGCUGGGGGGAGGAAAUCUGUAAUGCAUCACUUUGGGCCUCACAUCUCCAUUUCCUUUAAGUGUUAACAGCGUCUUCAGCCACAUUGAUUUUAUGAGGCACAAACCGGCUGUGAAACAUCGUUGGCAUCUCAGUAUACUCCUCGACACAACAGUGAUCCCUCUCUCUCUGAUGAAUAUGUAAUGAAUACAACCAACAUGUGAUUUUGAUUUUGUAAUCUGUCUGCCUUUGUAUGCAAGCUCAAUAUUAUGAAAAAGAAAACAUAACUGCAUGCGUAUGUUCUUGGUUUUGUCAUGAGAUGACUUUGCCUAAUGUUUGAUACUGUUUUCUGUAUAAAAAAACAAAAUAUAUGACUGUGGAUGCUCUAAGAUUAUGCUAUAAGUCAGUCUUUCUUCUGAACAACAUUUUGUACCUUUGAACACUAUCGCAUUGCCUGUUUGGCUGCUGUAUUGACUAUCUGGAAGCGUGACUUGAUGUGAAUUAAAAUCUCUCCUUUGUU